AUGAACCUCGAGGAAGACCUGAGGAGUGUGAAAGAAGAACAUGAUCUUGAGAGAGAAAGUUUGUCACUGGCUGAACAGCUAAGUCUUUUUCCAUUAGGUGUUGUCAAUGGAGGCCUCAUUGAAAUUGAGUCUUCGAGCGGCAGUGAUUCAGAGUCGAGCUCUGACACCAGCGAUGAAGAGCCUGGAGCACGAAGUCGCGAGCCAGAGAGCUAUGCUGAGCGAGUGCCAAAUGGGCAGACCUAUGUGCGAAACACCAAGAGCGGCCUGGUGCACAGUGCUAAGACUUCAGGAGAGUUCACAAAGUGUGGCAUCAAGGUUGCAGGGCAUUUUGCUGUGCUAGAAAAGUUCCUCCAUGUCAAGAUGCCGAAGUGUCUGAAUUGUUUCCCAAAGGAUCCUGACCGGAUUCGCAAGCUAGAUGACCUGGUAACACACUUAGACUUGGCCGUUAAGCGGGCAAGGGACAAGAACAAAGAGUAG